CCCGGACAAAGGAAAAAAAAAAAAACAAAAAGAGAAUAUAAUCAAUUUUUUUAGGCAGAAAGAGGAAAUGGGUGAGGAGUCGACGACGACCGAUCAGUUUUCAACUACUAACUGUACUGAUGUCCACUUUGAUCAUCAGGAAUCCCCGCCCCGACAGUACUCGGGUGAUCACUCAGAGGAGGAGGGUGGCGAUGAUAAUAAUAAUAAUGAAAACUCUCCCAAUCCGCCUGUCGAGUUCUCUGAGGAUGAACUGACGCUCAUUACUAGGAUGUUUAAUCUUGUAGGAAAGAGAUGGUCUUUAAUAGCGGGGAGAAUUCCAGGAAGAAGUGCGGCUGAAAUUGAGGAGUACUGGACUUCAAGAUUUAAUUAAUUAAUUAAUUAAUUAAUUAAUUAAUCAAUUGAAGAAAGAAGAAAGUUGUUCGUUUGUCUUUAAUUAUUUGCAUGCUGUUAAUUGUUGUCUUUAUUAAUUACUUGCUCGUACGUACGUACUGUUGUUUGUAUUAAUUUGCAUU